AUGGAUGAACGGAAUGACGAGCAGGUAGCAGCAGGGCAGUCGGCUGGGAUGGUGGAGAGACUCACGGCAAGAUGGGCUGAUAUGGCGUUAGAGGAGGACGGGGACGAGUUCGUCCCGGAGGAGGACGGGGACGAGUUCGUCCCGGAGGGUGACAGGGUGGGCGAGGUUGCGGUAGAUGGUGAGGCAUCAUGGGCGGUUGUAGGCCGUUUCUUGACGGCGAAAGUUGUCAAGCUUGAGUAUAUGAGGAAUGCAAUGGCUUCUGUGUGGCAACCGGUAAGAGGGGUUCAGAUAACGGAAGUCCAACCGGGGCUAUUUUUGUUUGUGUUCUUUCACGACACGGAUGUUGCGUAUGUCUUGGAAGGGGGACCAUGGGCUUUUGAAAACAAUACGCUGGUUUGCCGUGAGGUUCAGGGGGGGAUGAAUCCGUGUGAUGUCCCUCUGGAUACGGUAGACAUGUGGGUUCAGCUGCAUGGAUUACCAAUAGGCUACACAUCGCAAAGUGUUCUUGAGCAGGCCGGUAAGUUCAUUGGUACUUUCGUGAAACAUGAUGAUAGGUUUGUUGGGGCUCCCUGGUUAACUUUUUAUCGCAUUCGGGUCUCAAUUGAGGAGGGGUAUGAAGCUGGUUAA